AUGUAUUCUGAGCUCUCGCAGUCCUUCGACGAGGACACUUUACCCAUGCGGGAAAUCCCCAUACUACAUGAGGUGGCUGAAACCAGCGACUGGGCUAGCACUCAAAUAGCGCUAGAAGCGACUCUAGUCGCCCUUGGCCUGCAAGGUUCGAUUAUACAUGAUUUGCGUGGAAAAGUCUCGUCACUAGAUAACGACUUAAGCCACCUGACAGCGUUAUUGAAGGAUAACUUCCCAGCAUGUGCUGCCGCAGGCCAGGUGUUCGCGCUAUCGAAACAACAGAUAUUCGACACUGCAGCCAAACUAAAAUCAACGACAAUUAGCGCCAAACGGAUUAUAAUUUGUGGUAGUUUCCCCAGUUUCAAUUCUCCGGUUCAAGCAACCAAAACCUUCUUCAGAAGUCUUACAGCGCCAUCACUACCCAAACCACUUGGAGCGUCUUGGCUGAAGUCCAAAUCUAAGAAGACGAAGGUGGGUAUCCUUAUCACCUUCAACUCGGAAUCAGUGGUUGCAGACGCUCUCGCCCAAACCGAGACCCUGAAAAGGGCAUUCUCAGAAGUGGAAGAACAAUUGAAACGCGCGAACUCCUUCAGCUCCAUGAGUCCGGAUGAAAUCCAUCCCCGUAUACUGAAAGAAUCCGCGGACAUGUUGGCUGCCACAUAUGCCCAUCUCUUUUAA